AUGCCCAACUUUUCACAGAGCAAGCUUUUUAAUUCCGAGAUCUUCAUGAAGGAGUUCAUAGACUUGCAGCAGGAUCUGCAGCAGCUGAUAGUCAUGAUGCACAAAUUUGCAGACUUUGAUCUGGAGGGGAAAAAAAUAUUUGUAGACCAGCUGGAGAAGAUGGGUGAGAAGAUGCGCAUCAUCCAGGCACGAAUCAAGCUUUCAGAUGACGAGCUUGGCAACUGGCUACUGCGGCAGCAAAACAUUCAAAUGCUGAAUGCAAGCACCAACUGGGACUUGGUGCUGAGCGGGCUGGGGAACGAACUCGCAGAGAUGAGGCGGAUGAUUGAGCAAGAAGAGCGCACGUCUGACCCGAAUCAGCUGGCCAUGUAUCAGCAAGCCUGGCGGCACAAGUUCGCGUCGGUCCCCUAUUUGACGCCAGAGGAUCUGGAGAACGACCCCGAGCUAUUGGCUGGAUCGAUGGAUCCAGAGGCAAUGAAGGCCGUGUCUGAGGUUCUCGACAACCGAAGUGCGCUGGAGAAGUACAGGAACAACCGGCCGCUGUUCAAGUUCCUGCAACGUGUGCUGCAAGGUUACGCUGCCGCAUUGGCGCUGUAG